AUGUCUGCUCCUAGCCUCCCUGCUCUGAGUGCCUACCGGCAGAUCUUGCGUGCCACCCGAGUGGCUUUCCGAGGAUCAGACGACACACGCGUUAUGCUUGCUGCUCGCCAAGAAGCACGCCGUAAUUUUGACGAAAACCGCCGCGUGAAGGUUGACACUGGUAUGCAGAUCAACCAUGCUAUUGAGGUGGCCAACAUUUUGCGACACAACCUGAUUCAGGGUGCUCGGGAGGAUGGCAAUGAGGCCGCAAAAUGGGAACUUCGGAUCCACGAUGACAUUGAACGUGGCGACAACGACUCAAUCAAAGUUGGAGGCAAGGAUGUUAAGAUUCAUAAGGCUUGCUCAUCUUGA